GAGUACAUGUAGUUAAGAAAAAAAAAAAAAAAAAAACAGAUUCCAUUUCAUUUCCUGAAGGUAUUUCUGGAGGGGGGUGAGGUUUUACAAUGAGGGGUUCUCUGCUGCUGAUAUUGGUGUUCUGUCUGUCUGGGACAUGGGCUCAAGGAGACAGAGAAGGAGCUGACCAAGGUUCACAGACGAGUGGCCUGACUAGGAAGGAUAUCUGGGAUGAGCUGAGAGCUCUGAGAGACAUGGUGGUGGAGCAGAGGGUGGAAGUCAGGCAGACCAAGGCUGAACUACAAACCCAGAGAGAUAAAGUGGCUGCUCUUGAGAAAGAGAAUGCAGUGAUGAGCUCCAGACUGACAGCAGCUGAAAACAAGGUGACAGCAAUUACGGCGGCGCUGGAAGCGACUAAGACUGAACAGCAGCUCCUGAAGAACAAAGUGGAGGAGGCUGAGAGACUGAUUACUGUACAAACAACAGAAGUGACAUCCCUGGUUUCCAGAGUGACAAACAGUGAGAAGGAGGUGCAGGAGCUGACGAAGGAAGUGACAAGUCACAAGGAAGAGCUGGAUGUUUCUAAGACUGAACUACAGCUCACCAAGAACAAACUGGAUGAGAUCCAGAAGACGAUUGCAGCCUCAGACAUGAAGCUGGCUUUCUCUGCUGGUUUGAGUAAUUCAGGAAAGAUUGGACCGUUCAAUACUGAAACUCCACUCAUCUACAGUAGAGUCUUCACAAAUAUUGGUGAAGCUUACAACCCAACUACAGGUAUCUUCACAGCACCUAUCAAAGGUGUCUACUACUUCAGAUUCACCGCCUUCAACAACAAGAAUGGAGAAUGGGUGGCAGUUAAUUUAUAUCAUAAUGGUCAAAGAAUUUUACAUAAUUCUGAGCUAGCUACUGGUCAUACUUUCAUUGCAAAUGGAUUAAUUCUACAGCUGGAACAGGGGAGUGUGGUCUCUAUGCGUCUGCAACAAAACUGUGGACUUUAUGAUGAUAGUAGUACCUUGAACACCUUCAGUGGUUUCCUACUGUACCCUCUGUGACUUUAAGAUAUAGCUUGAUAUCUUUGAGAAAAUCCACAAACAAAGUGUGCAAACAAUCAUGAUAAUGAUCCGCUGAAAUGUAUCGAAUGUACAAUGUAAAAGUACUGUGAAUACAAAUGUAGCAAGUUAUUUGUAUUACACAGAAUAAAGAAUUUAACUCUUGUAAGCUGUAUUAAUGUUUAAAUAGACUGUGAAUGAUCAAUCAAUGAUCAUCAAUAAUCAAUACAAUGUUGUCCUUAA